UGUCGCUCGGCGUGUAGGGUUUGAGCGGGGGAAUGGCGCGCGAGAGGCUGGAUUCCGGCUGGAUUGCUGCGCGAGCGAAUCAAGUCCAGCGGACAGGCGAGGAGCUCACGACGACGCAUGCGCCUUCGCUCAAGAUCGAUCCAUGGAUGGACGCUGUUGUUCCUGGGACUGUUUUGGCGACGCUCCUCAAGAAUGCGGCCAUUCCCGAUCCUUUCUACGGCAUGGAAAAUCAAAACGUUCCCGAUAUCGCUGAUGCUGGGAGAGAUUUCUACACGUUUUGGUUCUGCAACAAAUUUGCCACACCCGAGAGAGCUUUCAAGCGUGCAUGGCUGCACUUUCGAGCUAUCAACUAUUCUGCCGAAGUUUAUGUCAAUGGAUCAAAGUAUAGCCUUCCAGGAGGAAUGUUUUUCCGGCACAAGCUAGACAUAAAAGAUGCUUUGAAGAAGACUGGGAUCAACAACUUGGCUGUCUUAGUGCAUCCUCCGGAUCAUCCUGGUCGGAUUCCAGCCGUGGGUGGACAAGGUGGCGAUCACGACAUAGCGAAGGAUGUAGCAGCACAGUACGUCCAAGGCUGGGACUGGAUUAUUCCUAUUCGCGACAGAAACACUGGAAUAUGGGACGAGGUUUCGGUUUCAUUCACUGGGGUGGCGAUUUUGGGUGAUCCACAUCUUGUGGCGACCUUUCACGACGAUUACAAGCGAGUGUACCUCGUCGUCUCCUCGGAAGUCACAAAUACAACGUCCACUGCCAUCAAGUGCACGGCGAAGCUACAAGUGUCAGCAGAUGCUGAUGACGGCUUCUUCUCAGUUGAAGGUGUCCAGUCACAGCCAUUAGAAAUUGUCUCUGGAGCUACUACGCUGUGCUCCUUCGAGCCUCUUUACUUCUAUAAGCCUCGGCUAUGGUGGCCAAAUGGCAUGGGAGAACAGGCUCUUUACCAAGUCGAAAUCUCACUCGAGGUCAAUGAAAAUGGAGAGUCUGAUAGCUGGAGUCACAACUUUGGAUUCCGUAAAAUCGACAGCUUUCUGGACCCUGUCACGAAGAGCAGGCACUUCCAAGUUAACGGGCAACCCGUGUUUAUCAGAGGAGGGAACUGGAUCGUCUCCGAUGGUCUACUCCGUUUAUCAAAGGAGCGAUACGAAACAGACGUCAACUUUCACGCAGAUACGAACAUGAACAUGAUUCGAGUGUGGGGAGGAGCUUUGGCUGAGAGGCCCGAGUUUUAUGACGCGUGUGAUAAACGCGGAAUUCUGGUCUGGCAAGAGUUUUGGAUCACAGGUGAUUGUAACGGUCGUGGAGUUCCUCCUUCCGAUGCUAGCUGGCCGCUAGAUCAUGCACUGUUUCUCAAAUGUGCACGGGACACAGUUAAGUUGCUGAGAAAUCACGCAAGCCUCGCGUUAUGGGUCGGGGGAAACGAACAGCAUCCGCCAGAAGAUAUCAACCAGGCCUUGAUGAAAGACUUGAAGCUGACGCAGGCAGGGUCUUACGAGAAUCCCAGCCAUCUUUUGGAUGGAACUCGCUUGUACAUCCAAGGCUCGCUGUGGGAGGGAUUUGCAGCAGGCACAGGAGAGUUUCGAGACGGUCCGUAUAACAUUCUGAACCCGGAAGACUAUUUCCAGGACGGCUUUUAUGCCUACGGCUUCAACCCGGAGGUUGGAUCCGUCGGAGUUCCUCUUGCGGCUACGAUAAAAGCAACAAUGCCAGAGUCAGCGUGGGACAUCCCGACGACACAAAAGGUCUCUGACGGGCUUGUCAGAGAGAUUCCAAAUGCAACUUGGACACUCCACACCUACAUUCCUUACGCCAACCCGGACAAAAAGGUUCCACACCAGAUUGCGAAGUAUGGAGAUGCCACCGAUCUUGACGAUUUUUGCGACAAGGCCCAGCUCGUGAAUUACGUUCAGUACCGUGCUCUCAUGGAGAGCUGGAACUCGCGAAUGUGGACCAAGUAUACGGGAGUCCUUAUCUGGAAAACUCAGAACCCCUGGCCUGGUCUGAGAGGCCAGCUCUACGACUAUUUUUUGGAUCAAACAGGUGGUUUCUACGGCGUGAAGUCUGCGUGCGAGCCCGUUCACGUUCAGUAUAACCCUGUCACCUACGCGAUCGAGAUUGUCAAUACUACACGAAAGAGCUUCCAGGAUACGCGAGUUGAAGCGGCAGUGUGGGAUUUAAAAGGCAACUCACCAUACCAAGAGACAAUGGCCAACUUCAAAGUGCCAGCCUACAAGACGAUUGUCAUAAUGAAGCUGACUCCUGCAAGUUCCUGGUCGGAGGUCUAUUUCCUCCUCCUUACGCUCGUCGAUAGCUCGGGGACAUCCAUUUCCAGGAACUUUUACUGGCUCCAUCAAUCCGGGGGCGACUACAAGGCUCUCAAGAACGAACUGGCACCGGUUCCAGUGAAGAUGUCGCUCAAAAGCAGCUCUCGCAAUGGCAACUUCAACAUAAAUGUCGAGAUUGAAAAUCUAUCCAGCAGCAACAGCAGUAGCAGCUCUAGCUCCAGCUCCAGCUCCAUCUCUCAGAGAUUCUCAGAGCUCCUCUUCUCAAAAUCUCCAGCGGUGGCAGCAAGAGGUGUGGCUUUCUGGCUCCGGCUCUCGGUUCACUCGAGAAACAAGCGAUCCCAGCUGCGAAGCACCGACACGCGACUGCUUCCAGUGAGCUACUCGCAGAACUAUUUCUCCAUAGUUCCUGGAGAGAAGCUUGCGGCAUCCAUCUCGUUCCAGAGUAGCACGAACGACGCUCCAGAGAUCCUCCUCCAAGGCUGGAACAUUGGCAAAGCCAGCAUUGCGCUCCCACACAACAAAAGAGGCCAUAGAGUCUCUAUGUACUUGUAAGUUAUUAGUAUUAAUAGAGCUUGAUUUGUUUAAAGAAUACUCGCUUUCAUGAA